UAUCGACCGGGGCGAGGCAGUCGCGCUCGGAGCCAGCUCGGAGACGCUCGUCAGCUCGCCAGCUCUCGAGUCCCGCCCGACCCCGCGCUGACACCCGCGCCCUGUGACCGUGAGUGUUGUGCCAGACAUGUUCCCGGCACACGGUCUGCCGCAGUGAAACAAUUUCAGAUAUGCUCCAGUCGUUGCUUCAACCAAGAGAAAAUCAGAGAUCGAAGAUGAUCGGCGCAAUGCCAGCAGUUGCGGUUCGGCACGAGCGGCGGCGCAAUGAGAAGCGCGGCGGCGGCGCAGUGGGCCGGCGGCCAUCGCAGCUGCCCCUGCAGCUGGGCCGGGCCCCUGACGCAGAUCCCACGCCCUCGCCUGUGCACCAUCGGCUCCGCAAUGAGCUAUAUGUCUGCGGCAAGGUGGCCGCGCUCCACGCAGUGGUAGGCUCUCUGCUACUGGGCAUCGUGGUAUUGGUAGUGGGGCUGGUGCAGCUGUCCCCAGGAGCUGAAGCCGCUCAGCAUCGAUACUACCUGAUGGGCGCCGGCGCCGCGCUCGUCGGGGCAGGAGUUCUCGGCGCUGUACUAAGAUGCAUUUGCCUACACUGGUACAACAGGAAAUUCCGCCAAGGAGACAAUGAGGAGCAAGAACCCUCUACUCACAAGAACGGAGUGAGCGUUGUCGAAAGUGGUCACGGACAUGACAAACAUGACAAGCAUGAUAAAGCUGGCCACGAUAAAACUGGGCAUGAUAAGGCUGGGCAUGAUAAAACUGGGCAUGAUAAAGCUGGGCAUGAUAAAACCGGGCAUGAUAAAGCUGGGCAUGACAAAGCCGGGCAUGACAAAGCCGGGCACGACAAAGCCGGCCAUGACAAGCCCGAGAAGCACGACAAGAACCAUGAGAAAUCGGAUCAGAAUCCGAAAUUGAAAUCGCAGUCGAGCGUGGGACGCGACGUUGAUCUGAUGAAGCAACAGUCCGCCGCGAGCGAUACUUAGAUUCAUACUGACCAGUAGCAUUAGUCUUGUACCUUCACUUUUGUUGGUUCGGCGGCUGAUCGUAUGACGGAUAAUUGUUCUUCCGGGUAGACUUUUAUCAAAGAAUUGUUAUUCCCGUUUCUCAGGUACGGCGAUGAUUCUUUAUUCUAAUGGGAAUGUAAAAGAUCACAAAGACUUUAAUGUUAAAAACAACAUAAAAACUGUUAAUAUUUCGUUAAAACGCAAAUGAAAUUGUGUAAACUCCUUGCACACAGUUGUUAUAGUAGCACUUUACAUCUCCACGUAGCAUGUGCGGCAUUAUGAUUCAAAUUAAAUCGUUUGCACAAUUUAAAAACAAAAACAAUUUUAUGUUUGAUAAGGAAGUUUAGAGAUGUGCAACGGACGUCAUUGUUACGUAAACUAUAUUUUAAUAUUCCAACUCAUGCAUAAAAGCGGUUGAAUAACUUCCUUCACAUUUUAUUACGGCUAUAUAAAGACCCGAAUAAAAUGUUUAAAGACAUUAUUUUUAAUCUGUGGUGCAUAUGCAACAAUAAAACGCAGAUUAUUAUUUUAAACGAAAAUUCUUUUAGAUAAAGAGCUAAGAACGUUCUUUGAGAGUAAUUAAAAAGAAAAUAGUUUUUACAGGUUGCUCAAAUCUAUUUUUAUAACAAGGUCAGCUAAAAAAUAUGAGUUUUAAAAAAAUCAAACAGCUACAAUAUCAGACUAGGUAGGUCAUUUCUUGACGUUUAUUGAAAAGUACCUACUGGGCUUAACAAAGGUAAAUAAAUAGUGUUCGGCAUUCUACAAAACAUUGUAGUUCAUCUGAUGAUAGCAAGACUAAGUAUAUUUCCUGUAAACAACGCCUUUAAUAUAAAUGACAAAAACGGUUAGAUCAGCCGCCAUUUUGUGUGAGUGUUUGAAAAAGGAACGUAUUUAAAAAUUAUUAUUAAUGUGUAUUUUAGGGGACUCCGUACCUUUUUAUUUUAAUAAUACUCCUUCAUACUCAGAUUAUUUUCUAUUUUAUUCCGUAUUAUAAUAUCGUAAAUCUAUAUUUUUACACCACACUACGCACAUAUCAUUUUUCGUAAACUCCAUCAAUUCUAAAAAAUCAUUUUGAAACAUUAAGUCUGUAUUAGAUUAUAGUUUUAAAUAUUUUCGAAAAAUUUACAAUUAGCUACCCGUAAAGUAUUUUUUUCAUAAAUUGCCGAUUUUAAAAUGUCCAUAAACAAUUGACAGAUUAAAAAAAUAUUAAAUAUUAUAAUUAUUUUCUCUUACCGUCCGACGAGAUCAAAUUGAUUUUUUUUGUAUCAGAGAUAAUUUACUGUUUUAUUUAUAUAGCAUUUUAAACUUAUGGUUUUAAAUAUUUCUUAACUUAACCACAAUUUAUUUACGAAGAUAUGUAUUUUAACUUUAUAAAUAAUGUAGGUAUUUAAAAGAAACCAAUAUACAAAAGCGUUGUUAAAUACCAAAUCAUAAAUAUUAAUUUAAACACUUGAAAAUUAUAAAUUUAUAUCUACAAUAGACGUUUAAAAUGUAACUUCUUUUAGACGAUCCGAAAAACCUUCACUUACAGGUAGAAUAAAUGGUGUCAGCAAACUAACUUGCAAAUGUUAUGAAUAACCUACCCAGAUCAUAUAAUAAUUGUACUAUAUACACUUAGGACAUUUUAAAUUUAUGAAGCAGGACAACGUUAAAUAAAAAGGGGCCGUAGACAAAACCACUGUGACAAUCGCAAACGCUAACUUUAUGUAUGAGAAUGUCAUAUGCUAGCAACAAACGAUAUGUUAUUCCCGUACAUUUAUCCAUUUUGUAUUAGCGUUAACGAUUGUAGAAAGGCAUUUAGGCUACCGCCUCAAACAGUAGAACCAUUGACCAUGUGCUGUGAAAAAUCAUGGUCAAAUACUGGGUAGCGUGUUAGCAUACAGUCAGGAAAUUAUUAAAAUCUAUUUACUGGAAUAACGUAUGUCACAGAAAUGUAUUCAAUAAUUUUAAAUUUCCUAAUAUUAUUUGAACCUUUGUAACAAAAUAUCACAUUUCAGUUCGCACUUCGCAAAUAUCAUGGAAUCAAGUCCCUAAUUAUCUUAAUUAAACUUAUUAAGACCCUAUUUUACCUCUUUAAUGAACCUAACUUAAAUUAAAAUACCUAACUUUAAAAUUAUUUUUUACUUUCCUUUACUUUCGUACACUUUAUAGAUAUAAAAUAUAAUAUAGGAAAAAUAUCAUUAACAAUAGCUAUAAAAAUGUAUAUUUGAUGUUGUAAUUCGGUGUUUUAUCAUAUUUAUAACGUACUUAUUAUAUAGACCAAGAGUAACGUUUACGUACGAAUAUUGCUAGCAUUUUUGUCGAAAAUUAAUAUUAGAUAUACUACAAUUCUCAUCGAAAGUUCUUUUGUCAGCGGCAAGACCGGUUAAUGUAACAAAUAUUAAGAAAACCACAGGAAUUGUUUGAUUUUUCACAUUAGAAAAUGUGUAUAUAAUUGAAACAUUGGAAUUUUUCAUCCUAUGAGACUGAAAAAGAGUGUUCUAAAAUUUUGGCGAAAUAAUUUCAGAAUGUUUUGUUUACGUCAACACGUCACUGUUUUGUUUAUUUAAUGUAAACUUUUUUCAUUCUUCUUAUUUAUGAGUAUGGAUUGAUGUUGACACCUAAAAUAUUUCGGGUCCAAUGUUUGGUCCAGUGUAUCAUUUGCGCAAACCAAUGUUGAGAAUUGUUCAUUUAAUUUACUAUGCAGUUAUGGGAAAACUUUAGAAUUCUAUGUGUAAGUAACUUUAAGAUAAUUUACUCCUUAUUUGACAUUUAUAAUCACACGUAUUAGGAUAAUAAAAUGUAAUCAAAUUAAUACUUUCACGAAACUACUCACAAUUGCUGGUCAAACCAGUUAUUACCUUGUAUACUCGACAAUCAGAACCAUUCAAAUGUAACUAACCCAGCAAAUAACAUCGAAAAUAAUUUCAAAAUAAAUUCGUACGUUUAUUUAUAAGGUAAUGAAGACAUUGUAUGUUGUGCUGGUGUCAAUGUUUGGUUAAGUAUUCCAUGUUAUGUUCUUCGAUGUAUAGCAUAAGCUCAUUAGUAAUUAUUAAUAUUAUCUGGUAAAUGUUAGAUAUUGUUUCUAACUUUCGUAAUUUUAAGCUUAAGUCCAACUGCUUGAGAACGUUGCCAAAGAUUACUUUAUAUUAUCUUUCUGUGCAGUAUUUGAUGUAAGAAUUGAUUCGCGAUUCGAAUUUUGCGCUUUGACCGCUCCCGUACAACCAGCCAAACAUAAUCAGGGAGCAUUGCAUUAAUAUAAAGCCGAAUUAUUAUUAUUAUAGCAAAAUUUAUAGCUUUUUCUAUGAAUUUCCGUGCCAAAGAACGUGGUGUGACCACGACCGCAAGUCUUCUCAAAACACAAGAGAGUUUUGUUAUUUUGUUUAUAUUUUAUAGUAAUAUUGAUGAAUAAUGUAAUGCUCAGUUGUUCAUGACGUAUUGCGAGCCACCUAAUGUGUAUAUUGUUUUCCUUUGACAACGUAAAGUCAAACAUUCCGUAAAGCUUUGUAUAUUUGGAGUUUCGCUGCCGUGAUUGUAUGUGUACAAUGACGCCAGAGUAACGGCUCCUCCAGGGUGGCGACACAUGAGUGAUGUCUAAAACAUCGAGAGAUAUAAAAAGUGUUUCAAACUGGUAAAAUACACUCCAGAAAUCAUCAUAGCGACUAAACUUAAAUACAAAAUGAUUGGCGAUGAUUUUCCAAUAUGUAAGUAUCCGUAAUUCGAACCCUGGACCAGCCGUUACACCAGAUAAUCAUUUGCUAAUAUGUACGUAAUAUGUGAAAUUCAUUAAAUAGUUAGUGUUAGUAUAUGUAAUCACUAUCAUGUAAUCGAUGUUGGAACCAUAUCAGUCACUACCUAUGGUAAUUCAUCUCAUUCGGGAGUGAUUCCCGUUCUCCUGGGACUUAUUCCCGAAUCCCCCAACCCCUAAUCCCAUACCUAAGCUCUAUUCACUGUGAUAAAAAUAAUUGUAAGAUUAAAAAUAAUAUAUAUGGUCGAAAAUUAAAACAAAAUGUUUGCAUGAGUUUCUGCACAUGAUUUGUCUGGUAAAGAUUUUGUUUGAUGUUAAACAGCUUGUGGAAUGAGUAGAAGAGAUAUCACAGUGAAUAAAUUUGUAUCUAACUCUAUUACCUUUUAACCCAAUAUACCGUUUCGACAUGUUUUGAAAUACUAUGGUCAGAGUAACGGCUAUUGUAAACAAAAAAUAAACCGUAAACAAACUAUGAUUAUGAAUUUAAAAGCAAAAUUAUCAAUACAAUUUGAAUUUCGAACAAUUUCAAAUCACAAAAUGGCCGUGCGUACUCUGACUGUAGCAUGUGUUUUUUAAUUUGAAGUGUUCCGAGGUCGGCUCCUACUCAAUUAGUAAGGAAUGUUUUAUUUUUUAGAUGUUUAAGUUCACCGGAGCCGCGCUCGGGAGACAAUGUUCUGACAGUUCGAUAUGUUAAUUUUAUAAUAUUGACGUUUUAUAUUCGUAUAUUGAUAUAUUUUAAUUUUUAAUUACGACUGUGCUGUUUUAUAUCUCAUAUAUUUUAUACCGAUGUCUCUAAAUAAAAUGUGAACGAGA